UCCACGCGUUUUCAACCUACUUGGAUAAGACGUUUUCUCUAAAUAUACCAAAUCGUUUUACAAAUAUACUUUCCGACCAAUUCUUUAGAUCACUCUCUUGCCAAAAACCACCGAAUACAGUACGGACAUCCACCAAUAGUACCGUUCUUCCGUUAUUUUUUAAUAUCUAACAUUUUUCGGUGUUUAAAUUUUUGGCGGGUUUUGUGCAGUGUCGCUUUAACCAUGCAAUGGAAAGAGCUGAAGUUGUAGAAUUUAUACUGCGGUUUUUGCUUGUUUGAAAAGUGUUCGACGGAAAAACUAUUAUAAAUUAAAAAGUGUUUUUUUGGAAUUAUUUUUGAAAAAUCGGACGUAGAAUUUAGAACAACAUGGCGACUGUGAUAAGUUCAAAUCAAAGUAUGGUGUCACAGGCCUACGACUAUUAUGUAUGGACUCUAUCUUUAUCAGAUUCAAGAACAAAAGGAUGGCUUUUAGUAGAUUCCCCAGUUCCAACCCUAUUGUUCAUUUGUUUAUAUUUCUUCAUAGUAUGGAUAGGACCAAAAAUGAUGGAAAAUCGAAGACCUUAUAAGCUAUCUUGGCUACUAGUACCUUAUAAUUUAUAUAUGGCAGGACUAAACUUUUAUAUAGCUUCUAGGCUAUUUACUGCUUCAUUCCGCUUGAAAUAUAAUUACUUCUGUGAACCUUGCAGACAGAAAUACACAGCUGAUGAAAUGCAGAUUGCAGAUGCAGUUUGGUGGUACUAUUUUUCUAAACUUUUAGAAUUCUGUGAUACUCUUUUCUUUAUAUUAAGAAAAAAGAACAAUCAACUGUCGUUCUUACAUGUGUACCAUCAUUCUACUAUGUUCGCCUUUUGGUGGAUUGGAAUUAAAUGGGUGCCCAGUGGUUCUACCUUCUUACCUGCCAUGGUCAAUUCUGGAAUACAUGUUUUGAUGUAUGCUUACUACGGACUCUCAGUAUUUGGUCCCAAAGUUGCUCAAUAUUUAUGGUGGAAGAAAUAUUUAACGAUACUUCAACUGAUUCAAUUUACUUGUGCCUUGAUCCUGGGUGCAAACGGAAUAAGAAUGGGUUGUGAAUUCCCCUUAUGGAUGCACUACACACUCAUUGGGUAUAUGAUAUCAUUUAUAGUACUCUUCGGAAACUUCUACGUUAAGGCUUAUUUGGAACGGGGCAACCAAGUAUUCUAUGGAAUGGACUUUGGAUGUGGCCAGGGAAACAGCAAUUAUUCCAAACAAUAUACAGUGCAAUCUCACAACGGAGUUCAAAACGAAGUAGAAAAGAAACACAAUUAAAACUUUUGAUUCUAAAUAUGCUAGAAUUUUAAAAAGAGUAAAUAAAUCCAGAUCUUCCUCAUAAUAGACCAUUUCCCAUAAUGGGUCGUUUUUGUAUAUAGAUAAGGAAUGUACGAUAUAGUUGUAGUAUGAUAAGAAUGAUACAGAUUUAUAGAGUAUAUUAACAAGUUAUAAUUUAUGCAUUACAAUAAACGAUACUGUCUUAAGGGGACUUUUACUUUUUAAAUUAGAAAAAAAUUUAGACAAUGUUAAAUAUUAAAAAAAAUAUUAUAUUUAUGGUUAUAAUUUUUUAACAAAUUGUUAAGAAGGUUAUGACGUACACAAAAAAAAUGUUGGCACUUUUAGUUUUUUUUAUCACUGCAAAUUGCGUCUUUGAAAAACUGCAUAUUAAUUUGAUAGACACUUUUCUGCCUUCCUGUAACAAUUUUUUUCUAAAUUCCAGCGGGAUUGAAUUCCUGAGAUUGUUAAAGUAAAUAUUAUAUUUUUACGGCCUUAAUAGGCAAUUUUAUAAAUAAUAAGAAAAAAAGUCUGUUCUGGAAGUGAAUUUACCCUGUACUAAAGGUGGGAUUUUUUAAAACUUUUUGGGGGUUUAUUUUUAGUAGUCGUAUAAUUAUAGAAACUUUCAGAAAUAUUUUGGUUUACUGAGAUUGGUGUAGUAUAUUUUGAGAAAAACGUCUCCCAGUUUUGAAAAUUGUGAUUUCUUAUUGAAAUUUUAUCGAAUAAAAUGGUCAAAUUUAUUUUUUCCUCUAAUCAGCGAUUCCUGGUGCUUUAUAAUUCUGCAAAAUUUUGAUGUUUCGCUGUUCCUUCUGUUGACUUGAGCAAUACCAGCUGCGUCAAUAUUUUUCGACCAACUCAUUUCUAUUUUCCCUAAUUUUUACUCCCAUAAGGUGCAUGCAACGCAUCCCUAGAUUUUAAUUCUUUAUCGAUGGUUAAUUCAAAAUUGUUCUCUGCAUUAAACUGAUUACUUUUAAAUUGUGUUUUAAUAUUAGGCUUAUUUCGAAGCUUCCCCUUAUUUCUAAUGCCUUUUAAAUAACCAAUUGCUAAAGGUAUUUUUUUUUUCGAUUUUAUAUUAUAAAACACUCGCUUUAUAAGUUUUAGAACACAACUGUCGAGUUGCAGCUGCAUAGAUCAGGCAUCUCGCGCGUUGUUAAAUACCAACGAGUUUUAGCUCAGGUGGGUACUGUUAUAAAUAUAGCUAUAACUUUGUUUGUAUUUCGAACUUUUAAUGAAACACACUCGCUUUAUAAGUUUUAGAACACAACUGUCGAGUUGCAGCUGCAUAGAUCAGGCAUCUAGCGCGUUGUUAAAUACCAACGAGUUUUAGCUCAGGUGGGUACUGUAAUAAAUAUAGCUAUAACUUUGUUUGUAUUUCGAACUUUUAAUGAAACACACUCGCUUUAUAAGUUUUAGAACACAACUGUCGAGUUGCAGCUGCAUAGAUCAGGUAUCUCGCGCGUUGUUAAAUACCAACGAGUUUUAGCUCAGGUGGGUACUGUUAUAAAUAUAGCUAUAACUUUGUUUGUAUUUCGAACUUUUAAUGAAAUUUUAGAACAGUAAACUUUUAGAUUAGAUUAGAUUUUUUUAAAUCUAAAUUAAAUUUUUAAUUAAAUUAGAUUUAGUAAAUUAGAUUUUUUUUUAAAUUUACAAAGUAUGUUUCCUUAGCUAAGCGACAACAUUCCAAUUUAUGUUGCUUCAAUUUAUUGAUAUCGUUGAUAGUUGGAAUAUAACUAAUUGCCAACUUUUUCCUUACAUAUAACUAGUCAACCUUGCCCUCUUUUAAAUUUACUGUAACACUAUACCUAUGCAGAUUGUAUCGUAUCCAUUAGUGGUUUAAUAAUUAUUUUUGCUGUCGAUCUAUACCUACCUAUAUACGAAAAGAUAUUCUCUUCACCUCGUUUUUCAAGCCAGUUCUGUCUGAAGAGCUAAAAAUAGAGAAACAUCUGUCACAGAAUGGCAAGUUAGACGAGGUGUAUAUUAUUUACAAAUUAUUUAUAUAUAAUUAUUAACAAAUUUCUCUUCAUGUAGUAGCUUAACAGUAAUUAAUGGAUUCAAUAUCAAAUUAAAAACCAAAAUCAAAAUCUUGGAGACGACUUAUUAAAAACAAUGGGAAAUGGUCUUAAAGUUUUUAUAGGAACGAAUAUCAAAACUUUGUGUUGUGGAAACUGGUCGUACACUUUUUUCAAAAAAAGUUUCGCCACGAGUUUCUUCGACUAGUGAUCAUCAAAUAGGGUACGUUGGUGUGACGUCAAACUGUCAUUUUUUCGAGGUUAGGUUCAGCUUGAUUCUACAUAAACUGGAAAUCAGAUGAAUCAAAGUAGUUUUAAUAAGAAGGGUUGAAUUCUUAUAUUAUAAUUGACCAGUUAUUUUAAAGUACUGCUUUUCAGUUUGUAUAGAUACAGUAGUUAGGUAAAUACUUAAAGCAAAAUGACAGAAUGACGUUAGUAUUAAUAUGGCAUAUACCAACUUAGAAUGCUAGUUAUUCAAUCGAUACAUAAAAAGUGACCUUGUUAAGGGUAGCUAUUUUAUUAGAAUUUCUGAAGCUCGUAGGUCAAAAAUUAUACGUUUACUGAUGAUAUCAAAUUUGUAUAAAGCUUUUAAAACAGUAAACAAUUUGUUUCCUUUCGGUGGGUAUCUGAUAUAUAUCUAGUUAACAUGACAGAAAAAAGAAUACGUUAUAUAUGAGUAUUUAUCAGUUUAAAUUACAUUAGAAAUUGUUUUUUUGUGUAUCCGGAGCACUAAAAAUUCCAUACUUUUUAAAAUUACUUUCAAUUACGAAACUUAAAAAAAAAAACCAAAUAAAAAAAUAUAAUGUUGUCUUUCAGCAUCCUCAAAUAGAUUUUUACGAUUUCUUAAAAUUGCAUAUAAGGUUAAUUUUAAUUACUCUUUUGCUAAAAACUUGAUAUUUUUCCCUUUAAAUAAUUUAUAUCCUUAAUCUACGAUAACUAAUUCCAUUAUGUGAUAAGUAUAUGACAUUAGAGACUUUACUUAGCUCUAUAAAAAUAAAGACGCAAAGUGUACAACGAACUGUAAAUUUAGAAUAGAACAUACCAUACGAAAACGAAUAUAAAAAAUUCCCUCUCCUUCUCUAUCUCACUCUCUCUCUCUCCCUCUCUCCUUUACCCCUUCUCUCCCUCUCUCCCUCCUUCUUUCUCCCCCUCUCCCUCUUUCUCUCUCUUUCUCUCUCUCUCUUUCUCUCUUUCUCUCUCUCUUUCUCUUUUUAUCUCUCUCUAUCUCUUUCUUGUCCUUCCGAUUUUAUAAUCUAAUGUAUAUCAUUGUUAUUCGCUCUGAGCUUUGCUGGUAUCGCCAACUAGCGGAUUACUAAUGCAACUUCGGCUGGAAAUUUAAUGAGAAAAGUAUUGCGAAUAAUAGCAAAUAACUAUUGUAUAUUAUAUGAUUUUAAUUAAUUAAAAUGUAAUUAAACUAAUGCUGAAAUAUUAGUUUACUCACAAUCGGUUAGUAAUUUAUGGAUUUCAAACCUUUGAAGUAAUCAGGAAGCGACUUAUUACUUACUUUACUUUCCCAGCUAGCCGGGAAAGUACUUUCCCGGCUAGCAUCUGUCACUUUUCUACCUGCAAAUGUCAAUGUCAUUUUUGAUUAAAAAAUGGUUUAGAAAGAAUAUAAUCCACUCAACAUUUGUUUAAUUAAGAAAAAACAACAACAACAACAAAAAGAAAACUAUUUGGAAUUAUAAAUAUUAAUAGUUACAUUGGAAUUAUGAUUACUAUUAAAGGUUAAAGUAAGACCGUGUUGCUCAAAAUUAUGAGUUUCAGAAAUAGAUGAUGACAAUAAAUGUCAGAUUCAACAAACUUGUUUUGUUACCUAGCAACGAUCUCACAGGUUACUUAAAAUAAUUCAUCUUAUCACAUAAUGAAAAUGGAUACAGAUAUUUGAAACGAAAUUCUUAUUGGUAGAAUGUGAGUAUUAGAAAUCCAUAAAAUACUAACCGAUUGUGAGUAAAAUAGUAUACAAACCUCGCGGGAACUCAUUCUAGCCUCGCGUCUGUAGUUUACCUCGGUGCUUCGCACCUCGGUAAACUACCUUGCCGCUCGGCUGAAAUAGAGUACUUUCCCGCUAGGUAUGUAUUAUACUAUUACUUCUUUCCUGCUUCAGAUAGUUUCGCAAUUAUAGAUUCGCAAUAGAUUUAUUAUACCCAUUAUAAAAUUUAAAAAACCAAAUUUCAGUAUUUAAAACGUAAGUAUAUUUAAGGUAAAAAUAUAUGCCACAGCUUUGGCCAACUAAUAUUUUUUUAUUAAAGUUUUUAAUUUCAAUGUAUUAAAUUAUUCACUUUGAAAUUUAUGUCAAAUUUCCAGCAAAAGUUCACUGGCUUGUCACUACUGGCGCUCACGAACGUUUAAAUAUCCCCUCUACCUACGAGCUCACAGCGGAUAUACAAAUUUUCUGCGUAGUCAAUAGAUUCGAGUGUCUAAUAAACAGCGUAUAUUAGACCUUAGACCCAAUAAAUUGCUAUAAUAUUCAAAAUAUAGCUCUAGCUAUAAAUAGUUAUUAUUAUUCUUAUAUUUUUGAUAAAUUUUGAUUACAUCUUUCAUAAAACUCAAGAACAACAUUAUUUAACAAUUCAAUUUCAAUUUAAAAAUUCGUUACAUUUUCAUUAAGUUUUCACAGGUUUACAACGUUUUAAUGAAGGCCUAGAGAAUAAAUGAAUAAAACUUGCUCACAGUGUGAGAACUUAAUUGAUUCAUAAUUUCUGGGGAAAAAUAUUUUCCUAAUAUAUCUCAAUUACCCAUCGAAAUAAUAUAAAAAAUAUUGUAUAGAAAUUUUGGCUUAAGGUUUGUGACUGUUUGUAAAAUGCUAAGGUAUGAUAAAAAUUUAAAAAAAUGUUUUGACUGCUUUUUGUUACUAGUGUUGUUGAAUAAUUUCAACCACGAUGAUUUUUAAGAUCAAAAACUAACUCGAAAAUUAUAUUUCUUUUUAUUAUUAUUUAUUUGGGAUUUUUGUUAAGUUUUUUGUUAUAUUAUAUUUUUGUAAAAAUGUGAUUUAGUUUAAAACACAUCUUUUUAGGUGCGUUGUAUGAGAUUGUAAAACAUUCACAAGUUAUUGAUAAAGUUUUGAUUGUUUUAGAUUUUGUCGUAGAAAAUAUUUGAAAUUUUGUUUUAUUAAUAAAAUAAACGUAGGUGUCUGUUAAAAA